AUGUCGCUGAACGCCUAUGUCGACAAGAAGGUGUGCAUAAUCACCACCGACGGGCGCAAUCUUGUCGGCGUGCUGGCAGCCCACGACUACACCACCAACCUGGUCCUGAAGAAUACGGUUGAGCGCGUGAUCCGCAGCCCCGAGGACGGCGAGCCUUCGGCCGAGGUGCCGCUGGGGCUGUACAUUAUCCGGGGCGAGAAUGUGUGCCUAGUGGGGCUGGUGGACGAGGCGCUCGAUGCCAGCAUCAACUGGACCGAAGUGAAAGGCGCGCCGAUUGGGACGACAAAACACUAG